CCCGUUGAAACAAGCGGUUGGCCUCGUGGUACUAUCCGUGAUCGCGUUUCUACACAGUGUGCUCGAAACGAUGAAUGAAAAUGUACCGUCGCCCCUACUCUUAGUGCUGCAACGGUUCAACUUUAACGCGACCCGUUCACACACCCGAUGACCUCGUGUUUACGCAUACACGGUGGUUCACGGCCAAACAGAACUAACAAAGUCUAAAUGGCCGCUUUUCUGCUCGAGUAUUCGUUCUUCGUCGUUCCGGUCGAAGAGGAUGACCGUGCGGUUGGCCAAUGUCGAAGCGAACGACAAACGUCGGCGGGAAGGUCAGUUUCCGGUUGAAACGCGGUAAAAGUGUUUGGGGGAUGUUCAUCUCGGGAAGGUGGCUUUCGAAGAGUGUUCUUAUCGGUAUUUGGAUCUCGGUAUCGUUUCUGUGGCGUUGAAAAGCUGACGACUUUGACGUUGGACGUUCCUCUGCAGAGGUAACGCCGGUGUAUAUCGUCGAGAGGGAACUAGGCUGCGAAUCAGGAUAAAACCUUGUUGCAGCCAUCGUUUAACUCGACAAGUUGUCACGACCUGUGUAACGCGAAUUCUAACGUUGUACAAUGGACCGCGUGUGAUCGUCGUGAAAUUAAACGUCGACGAAAUCGAACUCGACGAGAAAAUGACGCUUCGCUAAGGAAACGGAGACGUUCGAACGAAACUCUUGCAACGAAGAACGCUGGAGAACACUUUGGUCAACGAUGGACUGGAUUCAACGAUCGUGGUCGAUCGGCACGAGUACACAGCCAUUGAGCAGGAUCCUCUGUCGUACUGGUAAUCGUAUAAAAACACCUGCUGCCCAAAGAAGAUCUCACUCGAGGGCCCAGAAGGUGCGUCUACUAUCCAUCGAGGAGUAUCCCGAAUAACGAAAUCGAUAUCGACGCUCUUAAACGCUCCAUGAUAAAACGAGCGUUGUACGCUUAACCAAGGGAAGAGAAAGAAAGCCGAGAAAAUUCACGUACCGUUGAUCGAUUCGCCGAAAGCGCAGAAUCGAUACGAACACUCUCUUCUAUACUGUCUAUGUAUCCAUCGGCCUCAGAUCGAAGUAGAGAAAGGCAGGGCCAGUUUAAUCGACGGUAGCAAAAGCGGAAGCAAAAGCGGAAGCAAAAGCGGAAACAAAAGCGGAAACAGAAACAGAAACAGAAGCAGAAGCAGAAGCAAAAGCAGCCGAACAGCUCGACGGAAUACACGGUAUCUCUGUCCUAAGUUGACAGAUUAUAGGCUAUAUUGCGAUAAGGUAUCGUAAGGCUAAAUUCGGAUAAGAGGCUAGCAUGAUCCGCGUAUGUACAGGCGGCAUUCUCCACGGCCAUGACCGAGUGAAGUAGCCGGGGAUCGUCAGACGCGUGGUCCACCAUGUUGAACGUAAUGGCAGCGGUGACGACGAGUCUACCUAGCCGAGUAGAUCCGACACCGACAUCUUCCAGCAACACCAGCGCUGCAUCGGGCACCGCGCCGAAUAACGUGACGUCAGUUCCUGUUGAGAAUCCAACGGUUGAAAAUCUACCCGAGAACGUGAACGUGUUCGUAGUUGUGAUCAAGGGUAUCAUUAUGGGCAGCAUCAUCACGACGGCAGUGCUAGGUAACGCUUUGGUGAUCGCCAGCGUGAGAAGGCACAGAAGAUUGCGCGUGGUAACAAACUGUUACGUGGUGAGCUUGGCAGCGGCUGACCUCUUGGUGGCCAUGUGCGCGAUGACGUUUAACGCCUCGGCUGAAUUGUCCGGAGGCAAAUGGUUGUUCGGUCGGUUCAUGUGCGACGUGUGGAACUCGUUGGACGUUUACUUCUCCACGGCCUCGAUACUUCACCUGUGCUGCAUCAGCGUGGAUAGAUAUUACGCUAUUGUCAGCCCGCUCGAGUAUACAGUGAUCAUGAGACAAGGGACGGUGGGAUGUAUGCUGGGUAGUGCAUGGAUUUUACCGGCUUUGAUCAGCUUCAUACCGAUCUUCAUGGGUUGGUACACCACGCAGGAACAUUUGGAUUAUAUGGUGAAGAAUCCGCAGGUCUGCUCGUUUGUGGUGAACCGGCCGUACGCUGUGAUCAGCUCGUGCGUCUCCUUCUGGAUCCCUGGCUUGGUGAUGAUAGUGAUGUACUGUAAGAUCUACAAGGAGGCUGUCAGACAGAGAAAGGCGCUCAGCAGGACGUCCAGCAACAUCGUGCUAAACAGCGUGCAUCAUCACAGGUCCUCGACCAGACAACACCAUCAUCAGCAGAUGCUGCUUCAAGCGGCGGCCGAAACCGGCACUUCGAUACGACAGCAAACGAAGAGCUGGAGAGCCGAGCAUAAAGCUGCGAGGACACUUGGAAUAAUAAUGGGAGCGUUUCUCCUUUGCUGGCUACCAUUUUUCCUUUGGUAUCUAACGACGACUCUAUGCGGCGAGGCCUGCUACUGUCCAGACACGGUGGUAUCCGUCCUCUUCUGGAUAGGUUACUUCAACAGCGCUCUGAACCCGCUUAUUUAUGCGUACUUCAACCGCGACUUCCGCGAGGCCUUCAAGGACACGCUGAUGAGCGCCCUGCCGUGUUGUGCGAGCUGCUGGAAAACCCCGUCAGAGUUCGUCUAGCGAAAGAAACCCCCGUGAACAGUCGCGUCGAGCAAGCUGUGUUUUGCGAUCCACAGAAGAAAUCGGUAUCGAUUCAUUCGUCGAGCGAUCGUCCAACUUGCCGUGUUAGGAAACAUUACAAUAAUGGACCUCGUUAUCUGUCGAUAAUGUAACCAAUCCAAUCUACUGACUUGAUUAAUUCGAGAGUGAUCGAAGGAAUAACGAAAGACGGCGGUACUACGAUAAAGAAUAAUAUAUGUAAUAUUACUUGAAAUUCAUAAAGAUAUCGCUUUUGGAAUAUAAAGUGAAAAAACUAUCUGACUGGACACUUUUGUACAUCUAUUAAAAAAAAAAAAAAAAAAAAUGAAAAAAA